AGUAGGCUACAGUCAGUCCACGCGCACUGUGAAUGUGAUGCCCUUUUGUGGGAAAAGUCCUACAAGAGCACACACACUCACAUCAGUACAGAGGGACACAAAGAAGGAAACUGUAUAUAAGUGGUCCAUUAUCCUGACGGAAUGAGGAGAACAUUAUUUGAGGGUGUUAGGAAAGUCGUUUUGUUGCUCGUGUAGCAGAGCGUUCAUUUACUGGAUUCACUCGCUGUUGUUGUGAAGACAGAGAGACGUGAGGCGCGUACAGCAGCUGAGGGAGUUUGAGGAAAGAGCGUUUUAUUCCCCAGCCUUUCUGUUUUUUUUUGUUGUCUUCAGCUAAAUAUGCUUUUAUAUGCGUGUCUCCCCCUGAACGGUUGUUUCCUGACACAUGGAACUGGUCUGUGAUGUGAAAACUGAUUUUCUGGGAUACGCUGUGGAUUGCGUUUGGGUGAGUUUUAAAGUCUGGAUCGUGUGAUUCAUAUACUCGUCAUAUUCUUCUUCCCGUCUUACAAAAAAAUGUUUCUCAACUCCCAAGACAGAUUAAUGAUUUGAAGAGCAGUGGGAGUGUGAACUUUAAAUCAGGAGCCGAUAUCCUUCUUGGAUGAUGCCCAUAGACAGACUCACAGACAUGGAGGAGAAACUUCGUAUUUUGGAGGAUCUCAAUAUGAUAUACAUUCGUCAGAUUGCCCUGAGUUUAAAGGACAGUGACAUCCAGAAGAAGAUCGACUAUGAGAUCCGAAUGCGUGAGGGUGCGUGUAAGCUGCUGGCCGCAUGUUCUCAGAGGGACCAGGCGCUGGAGGCCUCCAAGAGUCUCCUGACCUGCAACGCCCGCAUCAUGGCCUACAUGUCAGAGCUGCAGCGCAUGAAGGAGGCACAAGUCAUGCAGCGGGUCGCACGCAGGUCUUCUGAUGCAGGUCCAAUGGAUGAACGAUCCCCAUGUAAGGCCAAAGUAGCCAUCUCAGAUCUACGGAUACCGCUAAUGUGGAAAGACACAGAGUAUUUUAAGAAUAAAGGAGAGCUGCAUCGGUGCGCUGUGUUCUGUCUGCUGCAGUUGGGUGGUGAGAUCUUUGAUACAGACAUGGUGAUGGUGGACAGGACGCUGACAGAUAUCUGCUUUGACAACAAAAUUGUCUUUAAUGAGGCCAGUCCAGGGUUCGAGCUGCGGGUGGAGCUGUAUAGCUGUUGUUCAGAGGAGGACUACUCAGCAGGCAACACACCACGGAAACUGGCCAGCAAGCUGAGCACAUCUCUGGGAAGGUCAUCAGGAAAGAAAAUGAGGGGGACCUUGGAGCCCGGAGCCUGCAGCCCCACUAGCAAUGGAGGAGGAGCGGCAAUCCUGCUGCCUGUGCCCUCUGUACCGGGGCCCAAAUAUCAUCUUUUGGCUCACACGACCCUCAAUCUCUCUCACGUCCAGGACAGCUUCCGCACACAUGACCUCACAAUCACUGGAAAUGAGGAGUGUUCGUACUGGCUGCCUCUGUAUGGUGGUGUAUGUUGUCGUCUGGCCGCUCAGCCUCACUGUAUGACACAACAGAUGAUGAGUGGCUGUCUGAGGGUGAAGCUUGGAGGUGAGCCACAAGGAUGGACAAAUGUCUAUGGUGUUUUAAAAGGAACAAAUCUCUUCUGUUAUCAUCAAAAAGAGGACAUGGAGGCCAAUGUGGAGCCUGUCUUAACUAUUGGGAUUAACAAAGAGACGAGAAUACGGGCCGCAGAGAAGGAUCCUCACAGCAAGGCACAGAAUAUCUGUAUCACUAACCAGUAUGGAGGAGAGGAAGUGACGCACACACUAGCGGCGGACAGCAGAGAGGACACACAGCACUGGAUGGAGGCCUUCUGGCAGCAGUUCUAUGAUAUGAGCCAGUGGAGGCAGUGCUGUGAUGACCUGAUGAAGAUCGAGCUGCCUUCGCCACGCAAACCUGCUAUAGUCACGCCGAAGCAGGGCUCCCUGUACCAUGAGAUGGUUAUUGACACGUCUGAUGACAUUGGGACAGUCACUGACAUCCUGGCUCGUCGUAUUGAAGAGUUUGAGCUGAGGGCCCAGCUCGGAUCUCCUCCUCACUGGAUGUCCUUGUUUGAUGAAGAUCCCCCGAGAUCCCCUCACAACCAUCAGCACCUUCCUCCCCACUCACCCAGUCACUGUCACCGCACACCCGACCUUCUCUCCUCCAACGCCAGUCUGACCUCAGACAGUGACAGUCUCGUCAGUGUCAGCCCCUGCUUCCGCCAGGCAUGGUCCCCGGACACCUAUUCCUCCUCGGGUCGCUUCCGCCCCCGUACCCUCUCCCUGGACGCCAAGCUCUCCACUCUGCGCGGUCGGGGCUACGGUGGCUUCCGGUGCAACUGCCAGCCGCCCACCGCCGGCUCUGGGUCUCCUCGCCCCACUCAGACUGCUCUGUUCUGCUCUAGUUCCACUUCCAGCAGAAGCUCCAGUGAGGGAAGCAACAGUCAAGAAUCAGACCUGGGCUCUUCUAGACCGUCCGCUGCACGCCGUAGCUUGAGGAAUCUGAGAGCUAAGCUAGACCCCAGGAACUGGCUCCAGAGUCAGGUGUAGCUGUUCAGACUUCCUCUGGUUACUGUCAGAGCCAUCACAUCUACCUGUGUCCCCCUGGAAAAAACUGGAAUACCUGAGGUCAUGUGUCCGUCAUUGCAUUUUCUUUACAUAAUAAUGGAGAGCAGCAUCAAAAAUAAAUGUUUUCUUCUGCCUUUUAAAAAAGCUUCCACAAUGGGAAUUCAGUACUAAUAGUUAUAUAAUACACUACUAAUAUAUAUAUAGCAGUACACACUGUCUCUUCAUGAAAAGCUCAUUAUUUUGGAUCUUUUGAGAGUGUAGUUGUUUCCUGUGAGACAGAUUCCUGGUACAGUGUUUUUAGACUGGAUUG